GAGAGAGAGAGAGAGAGAGAGAGAGAGAGAGAGAGAUGUGAAACUAAUUCAAUCCCUUGUGUGGUGUGGUGGUCUCGACCCCCAGGUGGAUAUGGACCCCCUGCCAAGCAGAACGUAAAGACCCAGAUCUAUAAGAUCGUAGAAGCCAAUAAUCACUGGAGCCUGAUGCCCCGUACGCUGGAGGGCCAGAUCACGAUGGAGAAGACCCCCAGCUACUUCAUCACCAAGGAGGCCCCGCGCCGCCUCUUCUCCAUGAGCCGCCACACCAAGCUCAUCGUGGUGGUCCGGGACCCCGUGACCCGCGCCGUGUCCGACUACACCCAGACGCUCACCAAGUCCCCGGGCCUGCCCUCCUUCCAGAGCCUGGCCUUCCGCAACGGCUCCUCCACCAUCGACACGGCCUGGAGCGCCGUGCGCAUCGGCAUCUACGCCAAGCACCUGGAGAACUGGCUGCGCUACUUCCCGCUGUCGCGCUUCCUGUUUGUGAGCGGCGAGCGGCUGGUGAUGGACCCGGCCGGGGAGAUGGGCCGCGUGCAGGACUUCCUGGGGCUGAAGCGCGUGGUGACGGACAAGCACUUCUACUUCAACCAGACCAAGGGCUUCCCCUGCCUGAAGAAGCCGGAGGGCAGCAGCCGGCCACGGUGCCUGGGGAAGUCCAAGGGCCGGCCCCACCCUCGCAUCCCGGCCCAGGUGCUGAGGAGACUCAGGGACUUCUACCGGCCCUUCAACCUCAAGUUCUACCAGAUGACGGGGCACGAUUUCGGCUGGGACUGAGCCGACCGACCGGGGGGCUCGUCAGCGCCCAAGCUCUUAGAAAGGAAACUCUCGGUGGAGCUUUGUCGGCAAGACAACCGAACAAACAAACUGAUUUAAAACAAACUGAUAAUGUAGCUUCGCUCGGCCACCGAAGCUCUUACAGUGGUUCCCUUUCAGUUGAUUAAAGCUGUGUACCAAAGUUUCAACCCUGUAGAAAGAGAGUUUUACCAAAUAUUGAGGCUCCUUUGUAUGAACCUCGGACAGUUUUAGGGCUCCCCUCGGACCGUUCUGUCUUGCAGGUAUAGCUGUGUUUUGGCCAGCAGCCUGAACCAAAGCUCAGGGGAAAUGCUAGCCAUAACUCUGCGGUCGGACGUUUCUCCUGUUGUCGUUUUUUCUUUUUUUUUUACAAAGCAUGACUUUAGAGCCAAAGAUAAAUUGAAUAUUUUUGUAUCUUGAGUCCUUGGUCCACUGAGUCAAAAAAGAUGUGUAGUUAAGAUGUGAUUUACUGGAGUUAUUUUGAACGAACAGAGUAGUGGCGCUUUUCCAUAGUGUGUAAAAGGUGUCUUUUAACAGAGAUACCUAUUGGUUGACAGAACUUAACUAGUCUAAGAAGAAGGGAUUUCAUUCAAAAUGUUUAUGUGUAAGAAGCCACACGCACACGCACACACACACACACACACAAUUGCACACACAUACACGUCAUACAAUUAUCUUGUGGUUUUGGUGAUGUGGCCGAUUUUUAUUCAGCAAUCAUACUGGUCUAGUUCCAUUUUUGCACUAAAUUUAAAUCACAAUACAAUGUUGGCCUUAUUAAUAAUGCAUGAUUUAUAAAUAAUUCAUAAAAUAAUAACAUAGAAUAAAAACAAGGUACAAGUUUUAGAGCGCCACACUUUCCAAUAAAUCAUCUGUUUUUGAAUUAGCAUGUAGUCAAUAAUUUGACGUGGCGCUUUACGUAACACGAAAACUUUGGUCAAAUUCAGCACAGUUGCAAUGUGUGUGGAUUCCAGUUAUAGUUCGUCAUUUUAUUCAGCGUGAAUAAUCUUUUAAUAUCUACUUCCUGGUAAAAUAAAACUUUUAACUUUUUUUAAAUAAAACAAUACAAUAAUUCCAAACAUGACUUGUUAUGCGCUGUAAAAUUGCUAUAAUUUAUGUCCAGUCUAAUGCUCUUCUUUUUUACCCUAUGUGUUCAACAACAUAAGCUUAUUUUGUACCACUGUACAUUUCUUAAAGCCUAAUUUAUAAUAAAUGUACAAAAUAUGGUGGAAAUGUUUUCACUGAUGGUUUUGUAUUUGGAUA